GCGCUCCCCUAGCGCCGAGGGCCGCAGGGCCGCCCGCCUCGCCAUGGUGCUGCCGCCGCCCGACCGGCGCCACGUCUGCCUCACCACCAUCGUCAUCAUGACCAGCAUGGCCUUCAUGGACGCCUACCUGGUGGAGCAGAACCAGGGGCCCCGCAAGAUCGGCGUCUGCAUCAUCGUGCUGGUGGGGGACAUCUGCUUCCUCAUCGUGCUGCGCUACGUGGCCGUGUGGGUGGGCGCCGAGGUGAAGACGGCCAAGCGGGGCUACGCCAUGAUCCUGUGGUUCCUCUACAUCUUCGUGCUGGAGAUCAAGCUGUAUUUCAUCUUUCAGAAUUACAAAGCGGACAAGAAGAACCUGGAGACGGUGGCCAGGAAAGCUCUGACCCUGCUGCUCUCCAUCUGCGUGCCGGGGCUCUACCUGGUGCUGGUGGCCUUGGACAGCAUGGAGUACAUACGGACCUUUCGGAAGAAAGAGGACCUGCGGGGACGCCUCUUCUGGGUGGCCCUCGACCUGCUGGAUAUCUUGGACAUCCAGGCCAACCUGUGGGAGCCGCACAGGACCGGCCUGCCCAUCUGGGCAGAGGGGCUCAUGUUCUUCUACUGCUACAUACUCCUCCUGAUCCUGCCUUGCGUGUCCCUCAGUGAGAUCAGCAUGCAAGGGGAGCACAUUGCCCCGCAAAAAAUGAUGCUCUACCCCGUCCUCAGCCUGGUCACCAUCAACAUCGUCACCAUCUUCAUCCGGGCCAUCAACAUGAUCUUGUUCCAGGACAGCAGGGUCUCCACCAUCUUUAUCGGCAAGAACAUCAUCGCCAUCGCCACCAAGGCGUGCACCUUCCUGGAGUACAAGCGGCAGGUGAAGGAGUUCCCGCAGAACGCCAUCGCCCUGGAGCUCCAGCAGAACUCCCUCUCGCACAACCAGACCCUGCACAGCGCACAGGGCAUCCCCCACGAGCCGUCGCCCACCAGCGAGAUCCUGGACACAUGAGGGUGCCCCGGGCCGGCGGUGGUUCAGACGGCCCCGUGCCGAGCGGAAGGGGGAUGCCGCUGCUUUCCUGCUGCCCGCUGCAAGCACGACAGACAAAUCCCGGCAGUGAGGGCUCUUCUGGGCACAGGAACACCAACAGCGUUCCAAUUGAGCUAUGGAGUGUCCUCUAGACGUCUUCAUCUCAGGUACAACCCUAGGAGUCCUCCAGACAAACCAAAUGGACUUGCGAAGGACCUGAACCAGCUGACCCUCUCUCCCCCUCCUGCCACCAUCUCCCCUCCCGAGCAAAGACUGCUAAGGUUGCAAUGUCCCUUUUUACUCCCCGAGCACCUCACCUUUACUCCAAGCCUGGAUCGAAGAUUUUGUUACUGGAGACCUUUUUACGGGGUGGGGACAAGGGCAUAGGGGUGUGGACUGGGGGGAGGGUGGGGCGUUUCAAGCAGUAAACCCUGUGAUCGUAGAUGUCUCUUAUCUCCGAUGGUUGUGUUUACAGUUUCCUAUUUAUGCCGGCUCCGGGGGCUCUCAGGCUGCCCUGGGGGCAGUGUCCUCCAGGUGGGCGAGCAGGGAGCCCUGCCGUGGGGAGCGGGGCUGGGGCUGGCGUGGCUGCCCUGGCCCGGGCUGAGGAGGGCUGAGCCUCCACCAGCGCCCUGCACCAACUCUGCCAGGAGCAAUAUCUGACGGGCUAGAGCUAAUCUAAUGCUGGUGUUUUAUGUAUUUCAUUCACUCCAAACGACUCAGCACAAUAUUUCUAUUUUUAGAAGGGUCCCUCUCUCUGUCUCUCUCUCCCUGCCAUGGAGAGCCUCCCUGCCUGCAGCAGCCCGAGCAGCCUCCCCAGCCCCAGCACUGCUGCUGGCAGGCAGGGGCACCCAGGAGGGAUGUGCAACAAGGAUGGCGAGGAUGCAUUUCCCUCUGCCAGCAAGCAUUUAUAAAGAAGGCUGCUUUCCACAGCUACUAUAUUUUUAAAAUAAAUAUUGAAAAAGGAAAAAAAAAAAAAAAAAAAAAAAAAAAGAACAAAAAACCCAACCAAACCCCAGAACAGAGCUGGGAAGAAUGUGCUGUCCCAGGCAGGUGGCUGGGCUGGGGUCUCCUCUGCAGGUGGGUGGUGCUGAGGGGCUCGGCCAGGGGCAGCAGGGUGGGAGGUGAGGGCCAGCCAAACAAUAAAAGCCCCAUGAGAGCAAUGGCUUCUGGUGGUCUCUUUUGUGCCAGCAUGGGGAGGGUGGGGCUCAGCUCUCACACAGCCCGGAUCACUUGUCUCUGCUUCUGUCCACCUCCCCUGCACUGCCAAGUGCCGUCCCGAGGUUCUGUGCCCUGCCCUCACUGAGCAGUGGGCCCAGAAAGGAAAGGAAUCAUUUCUCCAGCUGCAGUGCUGCCCCAGGGCUGGGGGCAUCUCAGCUGCCUGGCCCUGGGGGAGGCACAAGGAGACAAGCAGAAAACCUGCGUCUCAAACACGUUGAAAUGGGAUAUUUUUGCUUUUUCUAAACAAAAUGUUGCAUUUUGAGGAGAUGGAAUAAAAUGCCUGGUGCUGUUUACAUUUCUCUCCCACAUUUUCCCCUGGCUCUGCUUACUGAGUUUGACCUAAAUCCACAAAUCAUUUCAGUUUCCAUCUUCUCAGCCCAUCACAAUCUGUCCAAAACACUUCAACCAUCCCUGAUCCAGACUUCCAAUUUUAGGACCAGGCAAUUGCAGUCUUGCUUGGCCACCCUGUCACCCAGGGAUAACUCUAAUGUUAAUUAAAUCCACUGAGAAAUAAAACAGUGUCUUUGCCAACAAAAGUGAGUUUGCAACAGAUUCAGCCAAUUGGAAAAGUUUCUUUCCCCUUUCCCUCAGGAAACAUGAGAGGAAGUGGGCAGGUGAUUUAAAAGGUAUUAGCAGAAAUUAAUGAAAUUGCUAAAUUAUUGUGGAAUACCUGUGGAAUUACAUAUUACAUCUCUGCCAGUUCCUUUAAAAUACAUGUGAUUAGCAUCAGUGCAAUUAACUCCCAAGUAUCUAAUAACAUUCUGCUGCUCUUUUAGGUAAUUAAUUUAUGAGCCUUCGUUUUAUAGUUCUUCCCCAGAACUGAGCAGAGGAAAACCUUCAGGGAAAUCUGUGGCAUGGUGCUGCAAACCCAGGAGGCUGGGACGUGCCAGCUGAGGCAGUGCUGGCACCAGACUGAGCCCUGAUGCAGAGAUCUUUUAUCAGGGGAUAAAAUCAGUGCUGUGAUGGGUUACUCUGAUGGGUUGGGUGUAUUUUUGUUCUGUUUCUCCCCUACAGCUAGCCCUGCAUCCUUGCCCUAUACUGGAAUACAUUCAUAUUCCCUCGAGCCUGAGCUGUUGCUAAGAUUGCUUGGGGAUGUCUGGCUGUGCUCCCUGAAGGCAGCCUGCAUGGGAAGGGAAUAUUGCUUUAUCCUCCUGCUCCCAUAACUGCCAAGAAGGUUUAGGAGUCCCCACAAAUUUUUUUUUGAGGUUGCAAGACCCUGCUUUCUACUGCUGACAUGAGGCUUCUGUCUUUGUGGAGUGUCCCUGUGGAAGGGCUGCAUUAGGAGCAGAGGUCCUGGAGGUGAUGCUCACCUGGGAUGCACCACAUCAUUCCCAAAAAGCCACAGGUGCUCCAAGCCCACUCUGGUGAAGGGAGAGAGAAGAGGCUUUUCCCAUUUUCUGCUGGUCAACAUCCCCAAGGCUCAGCAGCACAGCAACACCUUUCUCUUCAGAGCCACCUUGAAGCAGGAAUGACAAGCUGGCCCCUCCCCUGCCAGAGGGGAGCAGGGAGGGCUGAGCUGGCUGUAAAGCAGAGAGCCAGGGCAGCCAGCAGAGCCCCUGGGGCGUGGAGACAGCCCAGCAAUGGCAGCACUGCAGCUGCUCUGCCUGCUCAGGGUGAUGCCUGUUCCCCAAAUCCAGCAAUGGCAGCGCUGCAGCUGCUCUGCCUGCUCAGGGUGAUGCCUGUUCCCCAAAUCCAGCAAUGGCAGCACUGCAGCUGCUCUGCCUGUUCCCCAAAUCCAGCAAUGGCAGCGCUGCAGCUGCUCUGCCUGCUCAGGGUGAUGCCUGUUCCCCAAAUCCAGCAAUGGCAGCACUGCAGCUUCUCUGCCUGCUGAGGGUGAUGCCUGUUCCCCAAAUCCAGCCCUGCCUGCACAGACAGGACUCCCAGGAGCCACAGAACCAGCAGGAGGGUUGGCACAGUGGCUGGGCAGGGUGGCUGGUUCCCAGCCUGGCUGGUUGUUAGAGGAAGGUGAUAUUUUGCUGUGGGCAAUGAGAACUAAAGGAAACAAUUAAAACUAAAUAGGCUGGAACCGAGCAAUUUUUCAGCUUUCCACUGAGAAGAAAAAGAGCUCCUUUGUGAACAGUGAAAUCCUGCUGGCAAGCUGUAGGAUGCCACCUGAUGAAGCAAAAGCUGCACCAUUACACUGCAGAAGGGAUCCCAGUGGAAAACCCACAGGGGUGGUGUCCCUUGCUGCCCUCAGAACCAGGCCACCAGCACAAGGCAGCCAUGCCCUUGGCAGGGGAGGCUGGGGGUGCUUUGGGGACAAGGCUGGCGCUGUCCUACCUAUUACCAACCCACUGGUCAGUGCUGAGGCUACUCCUCCUUCCAAGUGACAACCUCUAGAGGAGUCAUGUCCACCCUGUAGCUUGCAUCAGUCAUGGCACCCUCUGGAAAUACAAAACCUGGGCCCCUGCACCUUUCUGUCAGGCUGGUCCCAAGGGUCAGCAAACUGGCCAGUCCUGCACAGGCACAGAGGAGCUGAUAUCACUGCUGGCCAGUGGCAAAGGGCUGGGCCAAACCCACUCAUGUCCCAGGCGUUGUGGCACUGCAAAGCAGGAGCCCCAAGUGGAGCAAAGCAGUCCAUGCAGGCUGUUAGAAUGCAUCUAGCCCAGACAAGCCCAGCUGGGUCCUGUCCCGCUGUGCCAAACUUGGGCAGAGUGGCAGCAAUGGGCUUGGACUGCUGCAUGCCUGACCCUGCCUGUGGAAAGAGCCCAGAGCCGGCUCCUGUGUGGUACCUGCAGUUCCUGACUGCUGCCCUGGCUGCCCCACAGCUUUGUACCCUCCUGGAGCUCACGAGCAGCCCAUGGCAGCCCAAGCCUUUGCUGCUGCACUCACCUGUGUGCUGGGGGGUGCUGAGAGGGGCUCCAGCUUGCAGCUUUUCUUUGCCAAGGUCCUGGCAGCUCUCACAUGUCCUGCUUGUCCUCACCUCCUUUUGGCAGGCGAAGAUCUCUGCUGCUGCAGCCUCUGUGCAAGGCUGGCGGAGGGUUCAGUCACUGAGCUGAAAGUGCCCCAUGGUUCUGCUGCAGAUUCUCCAUGUGAGCACGGCUCUGGUGACUUUGCAGGGCCCAAAAGGGCUUGGGAGGAUUUGGGAGAAGAAAUCCACCCACCAGGGCCAUGCAGCAUGAGGAUGGACUCUCUGCAGUGCCACCCGGUGCAGCUCCAUGCACUGUCACCUGGAACCACACAUAAAUAAGGAUUUUUUUUUUUUCCUUCGGAUCAGUCUGGAUUAAUUUGAUGAGCAGAGACAGACUGAACUUUCAUGCAAUAACUGUUUUCUUCCCUCCUGCCCCAGAUUUGCUUCCCUUUUUUAGCUCAGGCCAAUGCUGCAAUAGAAAACAUAGGGCAGGUGUCGAGAGCACCUUGACAGCAAUUCCCUAAAUUCUCCUAAACUCCUCCUGCCCAGGAGCUGUGGCAAAAGUUUGAGUUUCACACCAAUUCAAUCCUAACUGAAUGCCCUGAAUUCUUCAGUUGUGUCUGGCUUUUAGGUCUGGCAUCCUUGAAGAACAAUAUCCAUUUAAAUUGCUGAUUUGGGCUUGCUCAUUUAAUUUCAUCUUAAUAAAGAUUUUAUGUGGUUUUGACA